AUGUGGGGAAGGUCGAUUGCCAGAGCUGGCCGAGUUGGCCGAGUAGCUUGUCCUGUCCGUCCUGUCCGCCCUGCCCCUCUUCGCACUAUAUACUUGGUCUCGCGCUCUCGACCUCGUUCACUUCCUCUAAGGACUCUUCCUGCUUUGAAAGCUCUCACUCCUGUCAGACAUUGUUCCGCUGAAGUCCGCAUGAUGGCUUCCCAAGAAAGAGAGACACUGCCGGAGGUGGCCAAGCCUAUCAACUACCACGUCUCUCUCUUCGACCUACAGCUCGGUGGCUCGUGGGGAUAUAAGGGUGCCUUGAAGAUCGAUCUUAAAGUCACCAGUGCUACAAAGGAGAUUGUGCUCAACUCCAAGGAAAUCGACGUGCAAAAUGCCGAAGUCCUAGGCAAGGAUGGAAGUCAAUUGGCCAAAGCAACCGGAAUCACCUAUGAUAAGACGUCGGAGCGAGUGGCCCUGGUGUUCUCACAGGAAAUUGCGCCAGCAGACGUUGUUCUAUCCAUCAACUUCACCGGUACCAUGAACAAUGCUAUGUGCGGUUUCUAUCGAUCAAAAUAUAAGCCUACUGGGGAGGUAUCGGCCGACACCCCCAAGGAAGAUGACUUCCACUAUAUGCUGAGCACUCAAUUCGAGUCCUGUGAUGCCCGGAGGGCCUUCCCUUGUUUUGAUGAGCCGAAUCUGAAGUCCACCUUUGAUUUUGAAAUUGAGGUCCCCAAGGGACAGACGGCCCUUAGCAACAUGCCGGUGCUUUCGGAAAGAGAGGGUAGCACGCCGGGUCUGAAGUUUGUGACUUUCGAAAAGACCCCGGUGAUGAGCACCUAUCUCCUGGCAUGGGCGGUUGGUGACUUCGAAUACGUCGAGGCAAUGACCGAACGCAAAUAUAAGGGCAAGAGCAUUCCUGUUCGUGUCUAUACUACUCGUGGCCUUCAAAACCAGGCUCGCUUUGCGCUUGAAUGCGCUCACCGCACCGUUGAUUACUUCUCGGAAGUGUUCGAGAUCGAGUAUCCGCUUCCUAAGGCUGAUUUGCUCGCCGUUCACGAAUUUGCCAUGGGUGCCAUGGAAAACUGGGGUCUUGUUACCUACCGGACCACUGCCGUGCUCUUCGAUGAGGGCAAGUCGGACAACCGCUAUAAGAACCGCAUUGCCUAUGUGGUGGCCCACGAACUGGCUCACCAAUGGUUUGGUAACCUCGUCACUAUGGACUGGUGGAAUGAGUUGUGGCUCAACGAGGGAUUCGCAACCUGGGUCGGUUGGCUUGCCGUCGACCAUUUCUAUCCAGAAUGGAAUGUCUGGUCUCAGUUUGUCGUACGCAAUUCCCGAGGUGUGCAACAAGCAUUCCAUCUCGACUCGCUGCGCGCUUCCCACCCUAUCGAGGUCCCCGUGAAGAAUGCCCUCGAGGUUGAUCAAAUUUUCGACCAUAUCAGCUACCUGAAGGGAAGUUCCGUUAUUCGUAUGCUCAGCGUUCACCUUGGCAGAGAGACAUUCCUGCGGGGAGUUGCGGACUAUCUCAAAUCGCACGCCUAUGGGAAUGCCACUACUAAUGAUCUGUGGUCUGCCUUGAGUAAAGCUUCCGGCCAGGACGUUCACUCUUUCAUGGACCCUUGGAUUCGCAAGAUCGGCUUCCCGGUUGUCACUGUGGCGGAAGAGCCUGGCCAGAUCACCGUCAAGCAAAAUCGCUUCCUGUCCACCGGUGAUGCGAAGCCCGAGGAAGAUGAGACGAAAUGGUGGAUCCCUCUUGGGAUCAAAUCUGGUCCUCAACUAGCCACCUUUGAUACCCGUGCUCUCACUCUCAAGUCCGACACCGUCCCAGGAGUUGGCGAGGACUCUUUCUACAAGAUCAACAAAGACCUUUCCGGCUUCUACCGGACCAACUAUCCUCCCCCGCAUUUGGCUAAGCUGGGCCAAUCUCUGGAUCUUCUCAGCACCGAGGACAAGAUCGGCCUCUUGGGAGAUGCGUCUGCCCUCGCCGUUUCCGGUGAAGGCACCACGCCUGCCCUCUUGACUCUUUUGGAGGGAUUCAAGAACGAGCAAAAUUACCUUGUUUGGUCCCAGGUUUCCGCUUCUCUGGCAAACCUUCGAUCGGUCUUCUCGCAGAACGAGAAAGUAGCUGAGGGCCUGAAGCAAUUCACUCUCCGAUUGGCUACCCCUGCGGCGGAACGCAUUGGAUGGGAGUUCCAGCCUGGUGAAGACUAUCUAGUUGUGCAGCUGCGCAAGCUUCUGAUUUCCAUGGCCUGUAAUGCAGGCCACGAAGGAUUUGUCACGGAAGCCAAGCGUCGCUUCGAUCUCUGGGCCACCGGUAAGGAUGUGAAUGCCGUCCACACUAACUUGCGAUCGGUGAUCUUCGGCAUCAAUGUGUCGGAAGGCAGCCGUGAAGCGUUCGAGACUGUGAAGGCCGAGUACCUUCGCACGGACUCUGUGGAUGGCAAGGAAAUCUGCCUGUCUGCCCUUGGACGCACCAAGGACGCCGCACUGGUGAAGGAAUAUCUGAACUUUGUGUUCUCUGACAAGGUGGCUGUUCAGGAUCUCCACAGCGGUGCUGUGUCCUUGGCCAGCAACUCCAAGGUCCGUCAUCUGCUUUGGGAGUACAUCAAGGAGAACUGGGAUGCCGUUUCCACCCGCUUGUCAUUUAACAACGUUGUUUUCGAGCGCUUUGUCCGCAUGGGUCUGUCCAAGUUUGCCGACCACCAGAUCAGUGAGGACAUUGCGGCCUUCUUCCAGGACAAAAACACUGUGGCUUACGACCGCGCCCUCGUGAUUGUCGCCGAUAACAUUCGGACCAAUGCAUCCUACAAAGAGCGUGAUGCGGCGUUGGUUCUCGAGUGGCUGCAGGCUCAUGGCUAUGUUUAA